GUAAUUGGGAUUAACUCGCAGUGGCAGCCGUCAAUGGCGUGCACGUCUUGCUUGGCGUUGCGUUCUGUCAGCAACGCUUUACGUCCCUACAGGUGAAAAGAGAGGACAGGUCUGAAUCUCAGUUGUGGAAUUGAUAGUGAUGCUGACGUAGUUUGCAGUGGGGCUGCCAGCUACAGGAUUGGUUGUUGCAGCAGGGGCAAGAGGGGGGUGGACGGGAAGCAAUCGAGAUCGGUUCGUUUAAAACCGCCUCCUCGCACGGCGCGCUCUGAGAACGGCAAAUCCUUUCUGCUUUCUCCAUGUUUAAGUCUGCGAGCUACCAGAUGGCGGAUCCCGCACCUACAAUCAUGCAUGGGAACUGGUUCUCCAUGGGAUACAGGGAUAACGCUACCACCACGCCCGCGGGGAUGUAUGUGGAGAAGCCGAAGAAGAAGGGCUUUUGCCUGGUUAAAAUGAUGUCCCUUAACCACAAGAAAGAGCCGACCAGUCAUCAGCACCAUAACAACAACAUGCCCUUCAUGAUUCAUUGUCACAUUGGAAAAGAGAUCAAGCAUAUAUGCAGCAACUGUAGCCGCGGCAACGAUACACAGGAGGCUGAGGAGGUGGAAAGACUGUCUGCCAUGCGUUCGGAAUCCCUCGUCCCAGGCACCCACACCCCACCCAUCCGCCGGAAGAGCAAGUUUGCCACCAUCGGGCGUCUCUUCAAACCCUGGAAAUGGAGGAAGAAGAAGAGCGAAAAGUUCAAGCAAACCUCUGCAGCUCUGGAGAGGAAGAUGUCCAUGCGGCAGAGCAGAGAGGAGCUGAUCAAGAGAGGAGUGCUGAAGGAGAUCUUUGAGAGAGCCAACAUCGACUUCCGGCCCUCCAUGGAGGGCAGUGUGUGUCCUCAGGACUCCUCCCUGAAGCAGACGGUGAUCCUGCCUCCCAAGAAGUCUGUGGCUUUCACCGGUGACGUUCAGGACACGCCACCUAAGCCCCCGCUGUUCCACAAGCAGCCCCCGGCGAUCCCCCCCAAACCCUUCUCUCGCCUGCCCAAUCACAGCACAGCUCCAGAGUCUUGCCAGCCCAUGAAGCUGUCCUGUAUGCCGGGCAAACUCUCUCCUCCUCUACCUCCCAAGAAAGUGAUGAUCUGUGUCCCUCCCGGAGGUCUGGACCAUUCAUCCUCGCCCAUGUCCCUCUCCACCUUCACCCAUAAAUUCCCCUCGGGCCCCCACGGCCUGCCCCUGCACCACGUCACCAUCGGGGGGCACCCGGUCCUCUCCGGGCGCGGGCACCCGCACCAGCACCAGCACCCGCACCCGCUACAGUAUGGCACCAUGCCCACCAGCCUGCACCCGCCUAGCCGUAUCAUUGAGGAGCUCAGCAAGACGCUGGCGCUUACCAUGCAGCGGCUCGAGAAUUCUGGGCUGCAUGGCGGCCCGUGUAGCCUGCUGGAGAGCCGGCAAAUCCCCUCCGCGGUCAUCGACUGUGACGACGACAAGGAGAAUAUGCCAAAUGAGUCCGACUACGAGGACUUGCCCAGCAUGUACAAGGACGAGGACGAGGAAGACGACGACGAAGACGAUGACGAGGAGGAAGACGACGACGAUGACGAUGACGACACCCUCUUCACAAGUUCCCUGGCGCGGAAGGUGCUGAGGAAAGACUCGCUGGCCAUCAAGCUGAGUAACCGGCCCUCCAAGAGGGAGCUGGAGGAGAAGAACAUCCUGCCCAUGCUGACAGACGAGGAGAGGCUGGAGUCCAGGCAGCAGAUUGGGACCAAGCUCACACGGAGGUUGAGUCAGAGGCCCACUGCAGAGGAGUUGGAGCAGAGAAACAUUCUUAAACCCCUCAAUGAGCUAGAUGAGAUGGAGGAGAAGAGGGAGAUCAAGCGCAGGCUGUCGCGGAAGUUGAGCCAGAGGCCCACGGUGGAGGAGCUGCGACUGGCCAAGAUUCUGAUCCACUUCAGCGACUACGUGGAACUGGCCGACGCCCAGGACUACGACAGGCGGGCCGACAAACCCUGGACACGGCUCACUGCGGCAGAUAAGGCUGCCAUCAGGAAGGAACUCAACGAUUUUAAGAGUAAUGAAAUGGAGGUGCAUGAAUCAAGUCGUCAUCUAACCAGGUUUCACAGACCGUAGAACACCACUGUCUUGGGAGCUGUGCUUUUGGGCACUUCUCUCCUUCUCUCCAUGAGAACCAUAAGUGCUGGACGGUUCAAACAGUGCCCGCAUCUACAAAAAAGGCCAUGUGUUUUUUCAAAUGCCUUUGCAGAUCCAUGAGACUCAGACGGUACUGUCCACCUUUGUCCAUGGAGACUGUUUAUAGCUUUUGUUUUCCACUUAUGCCAAGACAACAUUCAUCCCAGGACUCGUCCCCCCCACACCAGCCCACCCUAGCCCAGCCCACCCCCACCCCC